GCAACUUCAAAGGAUCAUGCCUUGCAGCGUUAUACAUCGUGAAUGAUCAGAUUGAUAGAGAUAAUAAUACGAUUGUUCUCGUUGGGGUAAACAACUGCUAGGAACCACACACGGAAUCUAUUGACUUAGAAGACAUCACACACAAAAACAAAGAAAUUCAUGGACGAGACAAAAACGGAACAUAUCUUCGCCACUAGUAUUCUACUUGGCAACGACACUGCCGUUACCACACGAAAAAAGACGCUGACUUCCGCUAUACUCAACCACAAAGAAUACUCUGGACAAGGGUAACGCAGGGAAACGACCAGGAGGAGACAGUAUCAAGAUAUAACUGAGGACGAGCGCGUGCUGUUAGGUAGAGGACAACAACAGGAAACUUUUUCAGCAUAAUUGCGAGGAUCAAUAAAUCACAGGGAUCGCAGCUCGCUAUUGAGUGGCGGACAGUAACAAUCUUAGUGUACAAAACGGGAUAAAGACACAGCAGCGACUACAACCAACCUGGCAGCACAAGCACUUGGUGGUAACUAAAUUUUCGAGUAGCGAGAAACAACAACAUACUCUCUCAUACAACUGGUCGUCACGACUAGCUGCAGAGGCCACUACGACGACGAGAACUCAUCCACAAAAAGCGCAACGAACACACAUCAGCUCGAAUUGCGACAGUGGUUUUUAUACCAGCAUUGCUACAAUUGCACUACGGACAAAACACAUUAACCAGUGGUCUUUCUUACCUUCACGCGAAGAACUUUGUUCUACUUCUACCAGAGAAAACAAAGCGAGCCUUGUUGUCUCCAGCAGAAUAACGCGAAAACUUUUUCCAGAGCUGCAAAAAUGACAGACGUACGGGCGUUCGUAAGAAAAUGGAGCCUAAAUCCAGAAUGCGAGGUGAUCCUGAAUGCUAUCCAGGAUACGCACAGGGUCCUCAUAAUACGGGAUUUUUUACCAAGGUAGAUUUACACUCUGCUUACUAAUUUGCUGUAGAAGAUGAACUAUUAGUACUAGGGGGUUAAUAUUACAGAGCAGUUUAUAACACGCAUGGUGCGUGGAGUAGCAUGGAGCGCAUGGGGCGCAGAUCUCUAAGGGACGCAAGAAGCGCCCCCUUUAGCUCCAUGCUAUCCAUGCACUCCAUACCAUGCGAGCUGACAAACCUUAUAAAUUACUCUGAUACUAGAUAGAACUAUCAGGUGGAGAAGGGACGCGAUGACUGAGUGGGCUGUUUCUUUCGUACGAAUAAAGAGACUUAUGCAACAAGAGCAAGAAUGUUGACUGGGCAUCAAGACAACUGCAACUGCGCCUGAUCUUGUGGGGAUACGCGACUGUUCUGCCGCGUAAACUCAACACAACAACAAAAAGACUCAGCCCCAACGCAAACAGAACAACAGUCGACAUUUCUAAAACUUCUUUGCGGUUCACCUUGCACAUCGACUUCUAUCCCCCUAUUCCUAUAACCACUGGUGUUGCACAAUCUUAAAGGGAAUCCACUCCCAAUUACAGUAUCGUGAUCUUGAAAAACAAGAAUUUCCGCCACAUACUUAAAAUUAAAUACACCUCAGGGACCCAAAGCAGGAGUUGAAUGCGUUGUUUCGUAAAUUUGUCACGCCUCAGCUGAGUCAGUCUUUGCUGGCUUUUUGCGACCGCUAUGGCCUGGAUCGCGGUAGCCGUCGAACUUUGGAAGCCCUGAGUUGCGAAAGACAGGCGCGUGUGAUUUUAUGGCGAUGGGGAAGAUUGUUACUGUUAUACUAACUUUUCCUUUGAUUUUGUAGUUUUUCUGGAGUUCUAUUGGUUUUGGAAUCUGAACUCGUUCCAUUUUUGCCCUUCUAAUACGCCUCAACUUUGAUCCGGAGAAGGUGCACAGCUCAAAAAAUCCAAAUGAGCUUCUACGGAACUUCGUCUCGAAUAUGCGCACCGACAUUAAGGACCGUGGCAAGCUCACACUGGAAGAUCUCUUAUGGUGGAAAGACGCUUCAAUAUUUAAAUUGAACAGUUUCAUGUCUAUGUUUGAUGAGACUGCCCAAGGUGUGCGUGUGGUCGGGGAUAUACAUAUUUAUAGCAAGUCAUGUUCCAUUCAGACUUCCAAGUACAUUUUUCUUGUUCAACUAGAUGGUUACGGUUGAGAGACAAGGUCUAGAUAGACUUGGACCUCAAAGCUAAAGCUAAUUUUCAUUCGCGGAAUAUUAGAAUUAGUAUAGACAUUGUUCUAACGUAACAACGAACUGGGCGAGCACCGGAGCCGUCCCCAUUGCAUUCCGCGAAGUCGUCACGAGGAGACCUUCUGCCACCUCCAAAACCGACUUGCAGUACUAUGUUCUAUAUUUUGGCGUGCAGGGCGCAUAUUCUUUCAGAUGAUUCUUUAUUGCUUAGCCUUCAUCACAGUUUGAUCCACAUGUUACAAAUUGAAAGCUUCAUCACCUUUAUCAGCACUAGAUUUUGGUCUACUAGCAGCUCCUUCUCCACGUCUAGUUUUUUCUCUUCAAGGUACUUAGGCUCUACACGAUUCAGAUUUUUUUGACCUUCAUGAGUAUAUUUUUCCUUUAGCAAUAAAUCGAAGUUGUCCACCACUCAACAACUAAGAAAAAGAAAGGUGUUCCUCCUCGUAGCUCGGGGCCAACGGCACGUGAAACGGAAGAAGUUGCUCGUUGGUGCAAGCGCUAUGGGCUACCGCGCGAUGCCGAACGCGAGUUGCUGGCCGCUCCUGCCGACAUCCGCAACAGCGUGCUGCAGGACUUUGCGCCACGACGUGAAACACGUGACGUUUUGUCGCUUUUUUGGGGCUUUUUUCACCAAAGGCAGAGUUGCAGAACCACGACCGAAAAGGGAACUACAUCUGGUGCAGCUUCGACCACUACAAAUUCGCGCUAUCAAGAGGACCAGUCUUCUUCUCAUGGAGGUUCCGGUUACAACUACACUGCCAGCGAUGAACCAAAGGGUACUAUCGUUUCUAGCAGAGACCUCGUAUCCUCCGCUGCUGGGGGCGCAUCUUCCUUGUUCCAGAGUAAAGGGACCGCAUCCAGUGGAUCCGAUCGAAGUGAGGUACCUCGUCACGUAAGCGAUUUUGUGCGAGAGCAAGGUUUUUCCAAGGAUAUAACGAAAAUCCUCAUGGCGAUCCGAAGUUCGAGUGUGCGAGAGCUAGCUCUGCGCCAAUACUGCCCGCCUCGGUUCAGCUCGGCUGAGCAUCCAGCAGUAGAACUCUUUCUCAGCUUUUAUGAUGCCAUGUGUGUCUCUGGAGAAUUUUCUCUGAAGUAGAUGUGGUUGUCGUCUGUGAUUCACAACGAACAUCAGUAGAAUCAGGCUAUCGUGAAAAGCAGGUCCUACAAUAUUAUUAUUAUACAUAGAUACACCUUCUUCACCAUGAUCAUCUUGAUCCACUAUUACUAAAGUAAGAAGUACUAUUUUUCAGCGGCCCUUUCAUAUUUUUCUCCGAUCGCGAUUGAGGAAUUCGAAGGAUGGAUUGGAGAACGACGCGGUGGCCAUGAUAGACCGACUUACUGCGGAAACUCGUGAGGCAAAGGGGAAGGGCACCGGACGACGACCAGAAGCCAGUGGCCCCAUAGUGAAUCCGCCUCCGGCGAAGCGUCAAAGAACCGAAGAUGGCACAGCCUCGUCAAGGACUACAAAUUAUGGAUCCUUUCUUAACUAAUGUUGAAGCUGAAAGUCAUAAUUAAUGCUAGAAGAACCAUUACAUGCAUCCUACUAACUUACUUCAACUUCUGCUUACCUACGAAGUCGAAAUAACGCGGACAUGUGAAAUUUAAAGGUGCUGUGACGAGUAUGCCUCUUCGUAGAAACAUCAAGUUCAAGUACUUAUGCUCUUCUAAGACAUUCGGAGGAAGCCCAAGUAUUUACCAGCGGACGGAAACUUCAGCAUCGUGAAAUUUGUGGCCUAUUGGGGACUCGGUGACGAUGAAACUUUAGCGCUGGCAGACCUGAAAAAGAAAGACCCUGAAAAUCUCCAGCAAGUGAUGGAAUCUUUUCAGCCGAGCCAAGACGUCCUUGAAGCGGGCGGCGAGAAUCUUGCUAAGAGGUACAUCAAAGUAGAUUUGAUGAUCUUCAUUGGAAUUAUUUGAGCUUCGCACGGAUUGCGUUUAUUGCGAUUGGGAAGCGCUAAGCACUUGGCGCAAUGAAGUAGAUAACUUUUGGCACUCUUUAACAUUCUCAUGAAUACUAAUGAUCAUAACACACACUUACCACACAGUUUCCUCGAUUUCGUCGACGCCGUGUGCGAGGGUCGCUUUGAGGAGGAAGAAGACGAAGAUGACGAGCAACGCACUCCCGAGGAAGAGAAGAACUACCAGAAAUUCUUCGAGACUUGGCAUCUCACAAAUGCUGCGGACUACGUGAUGCAGCAGAUACCUGGCAAACUACAGCGGGACUUGAUAUCCACCUUUUUCGGUGCUCCAUCACGGUUGCCGCCACACAACGAGGUUGGGAACCUGGAUCUGGGUGAUGCUGACAUCAUGACCAGAAACUUCAUCCUCUUCGCGCGGGAGCUGUUGCGCGAUCACAGCUACGACGUAGGCGCGAUGCAGAUGAUUGACGGUACUACUUUUUGUGCUAAUUUUUACUGCUGGCUUGGGUUAUUCUUACUCUUUUCUAGAUCUCUGAGUUAGGAUGAAUUUUGUACAGGUCCUUGACUUGGGUUGGCCUGAUUUUCCUCCUCUCCCCAACCUUACUUGCUCUUUCGUCCUCCUCCUUUUGCUUUUUCUUAGACUUUACAGUCCCUUCGCUUUGCAUCUUCAAAAACAGUACCAACACUACUCAAAAUAAUCUUGUUGUUCCUUUUUUUUACUGGUGGUUCGCAUUCUGAGUAGAAAAAGGUCGGCAAGAUGAGGAUGUUGAAGUUCCUCGAAAUUUUAAGAACAUUUGAUUUUAGACAUACUUGUCGACGUCGGUCCUAAGAAAGUAAGGUCAAACCCUGUUUGUCAACUAUGAUGCCAGGUUAUCACUUGGACGAAAGCGUGCUACGUAGCAAAGGCAAUGGCAGUGGAAAGACUCCGCAGAAAUCAAAUGGACGAACUGUUGACCGUUCUGGUUCUUUUGAUUUGAAUCUGGAGAUACCGAAGUUUUGUGAGGAAAAGCGUGUAAGCAUUGAAGUGACUCAGUGGCUCCACGAAGUACCCACCUCGACGCAAAAGGCGAUUCUACAGAAUUUCAAUCCUAAAGACCGACAUAAAGCGAAUUUUGACUCACUCUUUCUGGCAUUUGCACGCGGAUUGGUGCGGAAGUUAUGAUGAAUUCUCGAGUAAUUUUACAAAUACAAAUACUACAUCUUAGUGUGACUGCAUGUUGGUCUUGACCUUGUCGAUAGACCACGAGGACUUUUGGGGUUGCGCCACCUCAUUUUGUUCUUGGUUACAAUUGCAUGAGGUGAAUAAAAAGUACGCAACUCAUGCUUAGGACCGCGUAAUUAAGUUAACCACUCCAAUAGCAAUAUUUUCGUGGAAGUGGAAGUGGAUGAAUGAAGAAAGUACGUAAGGUUGUUCUUCGCAGCUCAUCCACUACCUCUUUCAUAUCCAACAUCCGGAGAGUCCGGGGAAAUCGUUGUGCCGACCGACAGUUCUUUCGAGCACUUGAGGGAGCGGGUGUCUGCCAAGGAGCGCGCCGGUGAGGGGAAUCCUUUAUCGAGCGUCAGAUGUCAAGAUAUUGACUCCUUUAUCAUGGCGAACUGCAUUCAAGAUUCGAAGGGAGAGCGCAUGUUGAAGGAACGAGCAAGCCCCAAUCUCGUCCUGUUUAUCUUGCAUUAUGUUGGUGAUGAUUUAAACUUAAACGUACACAAUCAAUCCUAAGUAAAUAAGUAAGUGAAACCCUUCGUCCGGAGACUCCUAGUAAGUUGUAGCUCAUCUGCCAACAUCGAAAAACGUUUAUUUGCUUCCUGUCUAUGCCUCUGCUUCUAAUCAAGAGAUUACGUGUGGAACACGGAACGGCAACCUGAUGUUGAAUUUGAGACGUAUUUGGGAGAUCUCUUACUCGCUCCCAGUCCUGCUGAGAUCCGAUUCUACCUGAGCGCCUGGGGAAUUGAUGACCGAGAGGUCAUACGUCAGUUCAAAAGUGAAGCUACCGGCAAACAGCAGUUACGUUUCCAAACUUGUACGUAUCGAUAUCCGAGCAUAGGACUAACAUUCAUCGUAGAACCCUACCAGUUUAACUUUAUUUCUUCUACCACGUCGCAGAGGCCGAUGAGAAGAUGAACCUCUACUUCCUUGCUUUUUUUAUGGUUAUUUACCUCUAAUGCCAAGAGAGAUGAUGGACUCAUUUUGUCCGCGCGACACAGUGUCUGACGUGAAUUCCAUGUUUGGGCGGUUUGUGAGCUCGCGUCUGCGCGGGAAGGGUCGCUACGACGAUAGCGGUUACGGUAAACGCGGAAAGGGAGGCAAACGCUGAAAGGGUGGACGCAUGAGAGAGGGUUCAAACAGUUGAGUCAUUUUUUAACUACAUAUCUGUAUGUUGACAAGCGUAAAACAAAAUCAAAAUCAUCAACUUCAACAUCAACAAGCAGGAUAUUCUUGCCGCUCAACAGCAAGUGCGGAAACAUGGAGGCAUGAAAGAGAAGGAAUGCCCGGCAGAGAUGAAUCUAAACUGACAAUGUCAGUGUUUCAUGUAAAAAGUAUCACCACCUAGAUGAACCCUGAGUGAGUGGUGUUGGUAGAAGAUGUCAGAUGAUGUGCAUGACUGUACUCACACGUCCAGGUGACACUUUGACUUCGCGACAGGAACAUAAUACCGUUAACGUUUCUCAGAACAAAUCCAAGGAGCUGGAAAACUACAACAAAGUUUGGACCUACGUAGCGAUCGUUGUUUUUUCUGUGCUUUAAUAUGUUAAGGAGCAGUUGGUGUUUCUCUUGCGUCACUGCGAGAAUCUCUGACGGGUUUCGGUCUUCUAGCCAAGGAAAGCUUGGACUGCUUUAUUUUUGUAGGACCUUGCCGCCUGUAGUCCUUGUCCGGUACUGCUUAAAAGCACUCGCUUUCUUACUUGCUCAUCCUUUCAAAGAGCACUAGUUUACCUACAAGUUCAAAAAUGUCCAAGGUGGUGCUGGAUGCAUAGCAGAUGACCACGCGUGUGCGUGAAGAAAUUCCGCGUCUUUGUUGAAACCGC